AUGUCGACAGUGUCCAACCUUCAAUUGCAACACCUUGUGGCCGAGCUGGCAGGCGUACCAUACCCCCAGUGGUUUUCCAACAACAACCCAUGCGAAUUGUUCAACAAACACUUCAAAGGGAUAUACACCCAGCGCACAGUUCAUGGUUUAUGCGCAACGUUCCUUCUGCUGGGCACAAUAGCCGAAGAGAUAUCGACGUACAGAGCCCAACCAUUUGAAACGAGCCCAUCGACCAGCAAGAAGUUAAUUCGGCGCUUUCGGCGUUUGGUAAAGUUUGCGCUGUUAGAAGUUGUCGCCCCCAAUCCAGCGUUUGAAUCCGAGGUUGUCCCCCCCAUUCCUGCCAUUGGAAGUGAGCCCGAGAACACGCGGAUUCGCAACAUUAUCCCUCAUUUUGCCAUUUCAGUGGCAAUUGCGUUUGAAGACGAAGCCACCGAAGGUGCCUUGUGGAUCGCAUUGCAGGAGCGCGGUAUUACAUAUGUACCCGCACGCGAUUUGGCCCUCGCCAAUGCAUACUACCACGGCGACCGGGCGAACAACAUACGCCACGAAUCUAUUUGCGGUGGUCGUCCCCAACUGCCAAAUGGUUGGCUUGUGACAACUUCCCCGGGACACUUAUCCUGCGAGUGCAACUACUUCUUCAAGAUGAAGUACUGCUGCCACUUGCUAUUUGCGCUGCAACCCGACGAAGCGAGACAGCCCCGCGAUUCUCUGGCCGUCGCCGAAGCUCUGGGGUAG